GUUACUACUCUCUCGACAGCCCUGGCUAUAUUGACUUUGUUCCCCAAUCUUAGGAAAGAUCUUGCUUAGUCAACAUCCCUUUAUCAAACUCCAUCUGGCUUCCUGUUGCAACAAGACGCUGCAACCGGCUCAGACAUCAUCGAGGGCUCUCCGGUUUCCAACAAUGUGCUUCUGGACUCGCUAGAAAACUUGCAGCCCCGGGAGAAAACAUAGAUCCAGACCUUCCAGCCAGGUGCUUUCGAGAGAAUCAUGGAGCUCAGCUAUACUUUCUUCAUGAUCCUUUUAGAAAUACUCGUCCUGCCCUUCGCUCUGCUGCUAGCUUGGGCCAUUUAUUGUGACCUCUCCAAGUCAGAGAUCCCUCCUGGGAUUGAUCAACCCAUGAAGCUCCGUGUUCUUCACUGGUUUCUCAUCCUCUCUUCAGCUUUGGGAAAGAUUCUGGAAAACCUUUGCCUCUGCUCUGAGAUACACUUCAUCCGCUACACCCAAGAAGGGAAGAAAAUGGGGGAAGAUCCCAAACUCAGCAUCCAGGACCUCACUUUUGAAGACAUCCCUGUGAGGGUUUACCAGCCAAGAGGAGCAACCGGGGACCAAAGGAGGAGAGGAGUCAUCUUCUUCCAUGGAGGAGGAUGGAUGUUUGGGAGCAUCAAUUCCUAUGAUCAUGUUUGCCGGUACAUCGCCAAAGAAAGUGAUUCAGUGAUUGUGUCCGUUGGAUAUCAUUUGGCACCUGAGCAGAAGUAUCCAUCCCAAUUUAAGGACUGCCUGACAGCCACCGUGCAUUUUAUGAAGACCGCAGAAGACUAUGGCGUGGAUCCUGCCCACAUUGUCAUCAGCGGCGACAGCGUCGGAGGGAACUUAGCGGCGUCCGUUUGCCAGAAUUUAGCCAACAGAUCUGAUCUCACAAAGCCCUUUGCUCAGAUUUUGAUCUACCCCGGCCUCCAGGCGAUUGACUUCAACUUGCCUUCCUACCAGCAAAACCGCUCUGUCCCCAUCUUGUACCGGGAGCACGUCGUCACCACCGCCUUGAAAUAUCUCAACAAGGACCUGUCGGUGACGGAAAGCGUUAUGCAGGGAUGCCACGUCCCCAGCGACGUCAAAAGGAGAUUCGGGAAAUGGAUCAACUCGGAGAACAUCCCCAAGGAAUUUAAGGUCAGAGGCUACAAACCGUAUUCCACCUCCUCGUUCUUGGAUGAUGUCUACGAAGUGGUGAAGCAAGCCUUGGAAACGACCUUCUCGCCACUUAUGGCGGAAGACGCUGUGGUUUCUCAGCUCCCCACAACGUGCAUCAUAACCUGCGAGUACGACGUUCUCAGGGAUGAUGGCAUUCUUUACAAGAAGCGCCUGGAGGACAACGGAGUCCCCGUCACAUGGUGCCAUAUUGAAAAUGGCUUCCACGGGGUGAUAAACCUGUUUGAUGGGUUGUUGGCGUUUCCUUCCGGCAAAAAGGGAAUGGACAGUAUUGUAACAUUUCUAAAAGGUUUAUGAGAAUCUUUGGGGUGUUGUGUUAUUGUGAUACCAAUACCUUUUUGUCUUCCUGCAAGUCCACCAUAUAUGAAAAAAGAAGCCUUCCAUAUCUUGACAACCCCAACAUUAGUUUGAAACAUCUGGGACAUUUUGGGCAGCUUAUUUGGAGUUAGACACCAUCCGUGCAUCAUCAAGUUAACUUUUAAAUCACUGCACAAUGUAAAUUUUAGACCACAUACCCCCCCCCCCCUCCAUUACAUCCAUAUGAACAUUAUGCCCAAAAUUUAGGACCCACCUUAUCAUAUACUCUUUUACAGGCUCAACUUCUGUCUCUAGUUUCAGUAGCCAUUCAUACCCUUUUUUAAAAACAUGGUCACCAUCUUCACAUGACUCUAAAUAAAACUCAUUUUCUCUAA